AUGCCAGUCAACGAAACUGAAACCUCUAAUGACAUCUCCACAGCUAGAACUCUAAGAUUGGGUGACUAUGAUAUCUGUACUGAUGAUAGAAAGGUUAGACGCCUCGACAGGACAGCAACAGAUUUCGUCGGCGGCUGGGCCGUUUAUGCAAUAGUAAGGCCGCAUGAUGCUUCUUUUCUGGAGAGUUCCACCUCUGUGCAACGUACCGGAGCCUCCGAUAAACCAACGAUGAUUCGUACUACCGUCACUUUGCCCUUUACCUACGACGGUAAUCACAAGGAAGUCAGCAUAUCAAGUACUUUCGACUCCGCAAAGGUUUAUGCCGACGAUGAAUGGGUCACCAGCUUCCUUGAGCGACCUACAGAGGGGGGCUCUGCCGAUAAAGCCAUUCACCUUGCAUUUGGAGAAACCCUUCCCUCUGAGACUCAUAUUCAGGUCCGCGAGGAGAUUAAAAGAAGAAUGAAAACGAUUGACAAGGAAUGUAUCAAAAGCAGUUGGACUGCUAAAGUCUGA